CUUUAAUCAAAGUUCGUGCGAGCGAAUCGGGUAGCGCCGGCGAGAUGGCACGCGUCCGAAUCCAGAGAGCCAAUGUUCUUGCUCGGAAACCUACGCCACAAACGCGUUCGAGCGCCGCAUUUAUUGUGCUUCUUUUCCCCACCCACAAAAGGCGUGACUCGAACGAGGGCAUUGUCAACGCACUGAACGACAUCGUGAUCUUACGUCUAUCAUCAGUCUCGUCAUGUCGGACGAUGCCAAAACAGCACUCGAUUUGAAGGCAGAAGGAAACGCGCUCUACAUAAAGCAAGACUACGCCGCAGCGUAUAAGAAAUACUCAGACGCGAUUGCGAUCGAUGACAAGAAUGCUGUUCUAUAUGCAAACCGUGCUGCGUGCUCUGUAGGGCUGAAACGGCUCUCGGAUGCAGUCGCUGAUGCACAAAAGGCAACUGACAUCGACCCAAGCUACGCUAAAGCAUGGGCGCGCUUGGCUACAGCACAAGAUGCUCUAGGACACUUCGAAGACAGCGUGAAAUCUUGGAAAAAGGCACUCGGAGCACUGCCUGCUGAGAACAUGAGCGCUGUUGAAGUCAAACAAAAACAACAUUAUGAAAGCGAACUACAGAACACGGUUGCUCGGACCAAACCUCCAAGUGCCGCAGAUCAACUCGCAGAUCGACUUACCUACACAACUUCGUUGGAUACAACGCCGUGGGCUCGUGCGAAAGCCAUGCUGCCUGAGCUGGAGAGAAGGGCCAGCGAGACGGCGAACAGCAGCGCUUGGGCGAUUUUGGGGGCAGCAACGGAUUGGGAAAGUGGCCUAUCGGGUUUGAAGCAGCUGAAGAAGUUUCAAACUGCAGCCGGACCGGGAAUUGGAGGAAUGACUAAUGUUCUGAGAGAUCUAUCAAAUGCCCUUCUCAGAGACCCUAGAAUCUUCCACAUUGAUAGUCCUACUUUUCUGCAGAUGUACAAUGAUCAAGUGAUGUUCGAGGCACAAAAAGACAGAGCUUGGGUGACUGGGGAUGCACAGGAGAUCAUUGCUGAUGCCCCAGAACGGCAACGUAAGGAGGGUUGGACUCCGGUUCGCAUGGCUAUCACAACGACUGUCCGCGCUUGGAUAAUGCAUGCAUUCGUAAUGUUGAACAUGAAAGACGACGUCGACGGUGCGCUCAAGCUCUAUACGCAAGUUCUUGCGGUGUUACAAUGGGGAAGGCAAGCUUGGCGUGACGUGAAGAAAGACGACAGAGGUGUUAUCUUUGAGGACACGUUUCUCCGGGGUGUCCGUUCUCUAUACAUGGAAGCGCUCAUGACAGCGUGCGAGCGGGCCUCCAGUAGAGAUUCGGAGGAUCUAUUGAACACCCUCCUGGAAGAAGCGCAAGACAUACUGCGUGACACCAGCCCGCUCGAAGCUGCGGUGCCCAAAGGGGAGUCCUAUGACUGUGGGUUCCUUUUAUCUUUCGUAUUCUACCCUAGAGGUCAUGCAUUGUCGAUGGUCGGUUUCUAUCACAAUCGGAUCGCUCGUCAAUUCGGAAUGCGUAAAGAUGCCCCAUCUGCCCAGGAGCAUUUUGCUAAGGCGGCCAACGCAUAUCUCGAGGCUGCGUUGAUGUUCCCUGAGGACGACGAGAUGCAUGCAUGGUUCCUCCAUGUUGGGCUGGAAGCACUAUUCUUGUGCGGUACACCCAUUAGGGAUCUGCUGCCCGUCAUGAAGAGAAUCCGACUAGCCCUCCCCAAAAUGAAGGCAAUAUGGGAGCAUUCUAGCAUGGCCCAGGGCGGAAGGGACAAGGCACUACAAAAGGAUGUAUGGGGUGAGGAGGAUCUUCUCAAGGCGUUGCAGGAAGGCAGGUUCACGCUGGAUGACAUGAUCAUGCCCGAAGCACCGCAACCACGCUAAGUGUGACCUCGCUGCUGCUGCUAGCUUGCUAUCCAGAUAUUGGCUACAUUUCGA